AAAAUACUAUAUAAGUACAGGAAACACCUUCACCAUGAGCAGGAUCAGAGCUGAGGACAGUGGAGAGUACACGUGUAAGGGUGUAAAUCGAUACGGGGAACAAUAUUCGGAUGAUGUUUCUCUUAAUGUUUUGUAUCCUCCAAAGAGAGUCUCAGUGUCCAUCAGUCCCUCUGGUGAGAUAGUGGAGGGCAGUUCAGUGACUCUGACCUGCAGCAGUGAUGCUAACCCACCUGUACAUCGCUACACCUGGUAUAAAGUGAAUGAAAGAUCACCUGUAGGAUCUGGUCAGAGUUACAGCUUCACACUGACCUCCAGCAGCAGUGGAUGGUUUUACUGUGUGGCUCAGAAUAAAUACGGGAGUCAGAGAGCACCUGAAGUGGGUCUCACAUUAAAUGAGGGCAAGCGUGUACUUCUGUUUGUUGUUCUUGGAGUGACUUUUGGAUGUUCACUUGUCAUCGUUGUGGUUUUAUUCAUGAGGAGAAAGAGAACAAGAGGUUCAGCUGAUAAUGUUGAGUCUAGUCAGAACGUUUCCUCCAGUCCUCCUGAUGACACGUACACAGGUCUUGAUCUUCGGACCAGGUCCAACGGCAUGUACUACACACUUGCAACGGUUCAUUCGAGUCUUCCUGAUUCCCGGUCCAUCUUUCAUGAUUACAACAAUGAUUCAGUGAAUGCAUUUGUUCAUCACUGAAAAUAGCACCAGGCUGAAGAAAAUAAACACAGCCAGUGAGAAUGCUAGACACACUAGAAUGCUAUUGCUAC